CAGUUCAGAGAUUUCAUUUCAGUCGGAAGAAAAAGAAAAAAAAUGAAAGAAUUAAUAGUUAUUGGCGAAGAAGAAGCAACUUAUGUGGAUGUGAAGCGUCUAAACGCUUUGAGAACCUAUAACACCCGUUUAAGGCAACAUCGGGACUUCGCAAGCCAAGUGCAGAGUCUUCAAUUAAAACUUCAUAGUUUUAAUGUGAAUUAUAAAAAGUCCGAGCAGGAUAUGAAAGCACUGGAGAGUGUGGGUCAAAUAGUAGGCGAGGUGCUCAAGGAAUUGUCCCACAACAAUUACAUUGUGAAGGCAUCCAAUGGACCACGUUAUGUCGUCGGUUGUCGGCAACAACUUAACAAGUCGCGCAUCAAACCUGGCACUAGAGUGGCUUUGGAUAUUACCUCGUUGACCAUAAUGCGGUGCUUGCCCCGUGAAGUGGAUCCUCUUGUCUACACGAUGAGUCAUGAGAAUCCCGGAAAUGUUAACUAUUCCGAGAUUGGAGGACUUAAUGAACAGAUACGAGAAUUGCGAGAGGUGAUCGAACUGCCUCUGCUUAAUCCAGAACUUUUUGUACGUGUCGGCAUUAGCCCACCCAAGGGAUGUCUGCUCUACGGUCCACCUGGUACAGGAAAAACCCUUCUAGCCCGGGCGGUUGCCUCACAAUUAGAUGUGAACUUCCUCAAGAUUGUCUCCUCGGCCAUUGUGGAUAAGUAUAUUGGGGAAAGUGCCCGUCAGAUCCGUGAAAUGUUUGCCUAUGCCCGUGAUCAUCAGCCAUGCAUCAUUUUCAUGGACGAGAUCGACGCGAUUGGCGGUCGUCGAUUCUCAGAGGGCACUUCAGCUGAUCGGGAGAUUCAGCGCACUCUCAUGGAGUUGCUCAAUCAAAUGGAUGGCUUCGAUGCUUUGGGUCAGGUCAAAAUAAUCAUGGCCACUAAUCGUCCAGAUACUCUGGACCCGGCUCUCCUUCGUCCGGGUCGCUUGGAUCGCAAACUGGAAAUUCCUCUACCCAAUGAGACGGCUCGCAUGGAUAUCCUCAAGAUUCAUGCUGCUCCAUUGGCCAAAGAAGGUGAUAUAGAUUACGAGGCGAUUGUCAAACUCUCAGACCGAUUCAAUGGAGCGGAUCUUCGCAACACAUGCACUGAGGCAGGACUCUUUGCCCUACGUUCCGAUCGCGAAUAUGUCAUACAGGAGGACUUUAUGAAAGCGGUACGCAAAAUGGCAGACAAUAAGAAAUUGGAGUCAAAACUUGAAUACAAGCGCAUUUAAUGGAAACAUCGGACAAGUUGCGUUGUCUAAUCUCACCUAGUCCAAUCAGUAGCUAAUACAAUUUUAUAUUGAUUCGUUUGACUCCA